GCCCGAGGUGUUGUAAAUGUCAUGAUUGGUAUUUAUGCUCUGACCCUUCCUUCACUAUAGGUUUGUUCAGUUCCCCAAUAUCUCAGCAGGCGUCUUCGUGUGAUACUUCCAUUGGAUUUUCUGUUGUAAUAAUAAGAAAAGUAGUUGCCAGGAGUGCAAAAAAGAAGUGACAGCUUGGAUAUUUCCUGUGUGCCCACUUUUGCAUCAUUGUGGCUAAAUACUUUUAGCCGAUUCUUUUAAGCUGCUAAUGAGCUGUAAUUGUAGCCCUGGAAUGAAUACAAAUACGUACAUUCCUAGCUAACGUAUGGACUGAACUUCAAAAAUGGUCAGAGUGGAUUAUCAGCCUUCUCUUUCUGUGGACAGAUCACCUGCCUUAGAAUCUGUUUAAUUGUGUGUAAAGUGGAGUACCUAUCUCAAGAUUUUUCUGAGAGAAAUAGAUCCCAAAGGAAGACUUCCAUUUGGUAAUUUAAUCAGUGCAAGUGAAAUUAAGGAAUAAUGGAUGUAGAAAAUGAGCAGAUACUGAAUGUAAAUUCUACAGAUCCUGAUAACUUAAGUGACUCUCUGUUUUCUGGCGAUGAAGAAAAUGCUGGGACUGAGGAUAUAAAGAAUGAGAUAAAUGGAAAUUGGAUUUCAGCAUCCUCCAUUAAUGAAGCUAAAAUUAAUGCCAAGGCAAAAAGGCGCCUACGGAAAAACUCAUCCCGGGACUCUGGCAGAGGCGAUUCAGUUAGUGAUAAUGGAAGUGAAGCCAUUAGAAGUGGAAUUACUGUACCAACCAGUCCAAAGGGAAGGUUGCUAGAUAGGCGAUCCAGAUCUGGGAAAGGACGGGGACUACCAAAGAAAGGUGGUGCAGGAGGCAAAGGUGUUUGGGGUACACCCGGGCAGGUAUAUGAUGUGGAGGAAGUGGAUGUGAAAGAUCCUAACUAUGACGAUGACCAGGAGAACUGUGUUUAUGAAACUGUAGUUUUGCCUUUGGAUGAAACAGCAUUUGAGAAGACUUUAACACCAAUCAUACAGGAAUAUUUUGAGCAUGGAGAUACGAAUGAAGUUGCGGAAAUGCUAAGAGAUUUAAAUCUUGGUGAAAUGAAAAGUGGAGUACCAGUGUUGGCAGUAUCCUUGGCAUUGGAGGGAAAGGCUAGUCAUAGAGAAAUGACAUCUAAGCUUCUUUCUGACCUCUGUGGAACAGUAAUGAGCACAAAUGAUGUAGAAAAAUCAUUUGAUAAAUUGUUGAAAGAUCUACCUGAAUUAGCGUUGGAUACUCCUAGAGCACCACAGUUGGUGGGCCAAUUUAUUGCAAGAGCUGUUGGAGAUGGAAUUUUAUGUAAUACCUAUAUUGAUAGUUACAGAGGAACUGUAGAUUGUGUACAGGCUAGAGCUGCUCUGGACAAGGCUACUGUGCUCCUGAGUAUGUCUAAAGGUGGAAAGCGCAAAGAUAGUGUGUGGGGCUCUGGCGGUGGGCAGAAGCCUGUUAAUCACCUUGUAAAAGAGAUUGAUAUGCUGCUGAAAGAGUACUUACUCUCUGGAGACAUAUCUGAAGCUGAACAUUGCCUUAAGGACCUGGAAGUACCUCAUUUUCACCAUGAGCUUGUAUAUGAAGCCAUUGUAAUGGUUUUGGAGUCAACUGGAGAAAGUACAUUUAAGAUGAUUUUGGAUUUGUUAAAAUCCCUUUGGAAAUCUUCUACGAUUACUCUAGACCAAAUGAAAAGAGGUUAUGAGAGAAUUUAUAAUGAAAUUCCGGACAUUAAUCUGGAUGUCCCAUAUUCAUACUCCGUGCUUGAGAGAUUUGUAGAAGAAUGUUUUCAGGCUGGAGUAAUUUCCAAACAACUCAGAGAUCUUUGUCCUUCAAGGGGCAGAAAACGUUUUGUAAGUGAAGGAGAUGGAGGUCGUCUUAAACCAGAGAGCUACUGAAUAUAAGAACUCUUGCAGUCUUAGAUGUUAUAAAAAUAUAUAUAUAUCUGAAUUGUAAGAGUUGUUAGCACAGUUUUUUUGUUUGUUUUUAAACACUUGUUUUGGGUACAAGGCAUUUCUGAAAUUUUAUAGACUUAAAUUUAAGGGGAAUUUUUAAAGGAAGUGUUUCUUUUUUUUUUUUUUUUAUUGAUGGUGUAAAGGAGGGACAGAAAAGUAACCACUUCUUAAGUGGAGUGUUCUCAUAAGCUACCUUUUGUAAGUGCCAUGUUUAUGACCUAAUCAUUCCAAGUUUUGCAUUGAUGUCAGAUUGCUAUUCCUUUCUUUCAAGGACAGUGUUUUUGUAGUAAAAUCACUGGUUUAUACAAAGCUUUAUUUAGGGGGUAAAGUUAAGCUGCUAAAACCCCAUUUUGGCUGCUGCUGUUGAAAUACUGUGCUUUGGGAGUAAAAAAAAAAGUUAUUUCUUUGUCUUAAAGAAUUUUAAGAAAAUGAGUUAGUCAGGAGACUUAUUCAUCUUUCCAGGGAACAUAUUGAUUGGUCUUAAAGACUAGACAGUUAAGUAAAUGGUGGCUGGAACUUUAUUUUUCUACAAAACUGGAAAAAUGAACCCGGUUCUAGAAGAAUGUAUGACAAAAUAAAACAUGUGAAACAGUGUUGAUUCUU